AUGUCUUCACCCAUCCUCUUCAUCAUCGGUGCUGGACCCAAUAUUGGAGCCCACGUCGCCAAAGCAUUCGCCGCACAAGGCUACCGCAUCGCACUAGCAUCGCGCAAGAAGCCAAACUUCACGGUCGAAUCCAGCAUCCACGUGAGCGUGGACCUGACGAAGCCCGAGACGGUCGCUCCAGCAUUCGAGGAAGUACGCGCACAGCUGGGCGCCAGCCCGAGCGUGGUGGUGUACAACGCGGCGGCAUUCCCACCCAACGACGCGGCCGACCCACUGGGCAGCUUCGACCUGGCCAGCUACCGCAGCGCGCUGGACGUCAAUGCUACGUCCGUCAUCUACGCCGCCCAGCAGGCCGUCGCGGGCUUCAAGACCCUCGACGGCCCCGACCACUCCAGGACCUUCAUCCUGACCGGCAAUUUCCUCAACAGGAGAGUCCUCCCCGGCAUGCUGCCCUUCGGCCUCACCAAGUCUGCCGGCGCCUAUGUCAUCUGGAACCUGGCCGAGACCAAGGCGUAUGAGAAGGACGGCGUCAAGUUCUACUUUGCAGACGAACGCCAGUCGUCUGGCGCGUCGGCAGGGAAGGCUGUCUCCGGCCCCGCCGCUGCAGAGGAAUACUGGAAGAUUGCGACACAGAAAACCCAGGGGCCCUGGUUGCAUACUUUCGUUAAGGACGAGGGGUACAAGGAUUUCAAUGGUUCGUAA